UAUCCACGGCUUUUCAGGCUCUUCUCACUUAGCCUUUCUUACUGAUCUUGGACGGGUCCUUCGUCUCCGUGUUUGAACAUCAAAAUCAUUACAUAACGGCCGCACAGAAUUGAAUGAAAUCACACUAAAUAUCGAAGAAUUGGCUUUUUACACCCCCCAAUUUGAAAGCUGAAAUGGCGUCAGACCUCCCAAAAGUGGUCCCAUUGACCUGCCACGGACAUUCCCGUCCCGUGCCGCAUAUCAACUUUUCUUCCACAGUAGAAGAUGACCAGUACUACCUCAUAUCCGCUUGCAAGGACAACAACCCUAUGCUCCGAGAUGGUAUCACUGGUGACUGGAUCGGAACCUUCCUCGGCCACAAGGGCGCAGUCUGGCAAGCCAGACUCUCCACAGACGCCACCAUAGCAGCAACGGCUGCGGCCGAUUUCUCCGCCAAAGUCUGGGACACCCACACGGGCGAAUGCCUGCACACCCUGCAACACUCGCACAUCGUCCGGGCGGUUGCAUUUCCUAUCCAGCCAUCUCCCCAGGUGCUAGCUACAGGUGGGUUCGAAAAGAAGCUCCGCAUUUUCGACCUAAGCCGCAGUAACAGCGGAAGCAACUCGUCCUCGCCGACGCUCUCCUCUACAACGGGGGACAACGGCGCCGGGGCACAAUCGGUAACUAGCUAUGAGAUCGGCCCGGGUGUCCACGGCGGUACCAUCAAGUCUAUCGUCUGGAACCAGGAUUAUAAUAUCCUCACGACAGCAGCUGAAGACCGGAAGGUUAGAUGGUGGGAUCUCCGCUCUCGCCACCCCGUCAUGGAAUACACCGUCGAGGGAUCCAUCGGUAGCUGCGAGUUGAAUACUCUUGCCGGCCGUCCAAAUGAUCCCGGUAUCCUUACCGUCGCGGCGGGUAAAUCCGUGUAUCUAUUCGAUGGGUCGAGUCCCGGUCGUUUGCUUAAAAAGUCUGAGUUCAGGUACGAGGUCGCUAGUGCAGCUGUCAACAACGAGACAGGCCGACUAGUCACCGGAAGUGCGGACGAUACUUGGGUGCGACUUUAUGACCUCCGGACGGAUGAAGAGCUGGAAGUCCAGAAGGGACAUCACGGCCCAGUCUGGUCUGUCAGUUUCUCGCCCGAUGGCAAAAUCUACGGUACUGGAAGUGAGGACGGCACGAUCAAAUUGUGGAAGGCAUGCAGAGAACCAUAUGGUUUAUGGCGUUGAACGCAACGCUAGAUAUCUGUGAAGUACUCCUUUGAAUCUCUCAUACUUUAAGUAUUCUGCAAAUACGGAGAUAUGGAUCUCGGAGACUAUUUGAAAAUAUUGAAUUUGAUGCUUAGCUAUGACGCUAUACCUGGUUUGUACCUAGUGGGAGGUGUUGGCUUGUGAAAGUUUCUCAUCGGUAGUAUUUGUAAUGAAACAGAGAGAC